AUGUAUGAUGCUCAAGCAAAAACAUUAUUGGCAGUAUCAUUUAGUAAAAUUCAAGAUCGUCAAUUUACAAAAUUUGAAUAUUUUCCCAACGAAAUAUUAUUAGAAUUAUUUCGUUAUAUGAAUCCAUUUGAUAUAUUUUAUUCAUUUGAUAAUUUAAAUCGACGAUUUAAUUCAUUAAUUAAUAUAAUUCAAAUGCAUAUUGAUUUAACAACUAUUUCAAAAUCUACAUUUGAUUUCUAUUGUCAAAUAAUUAUUCCAAGAGUUUAUUAUAACAUUUAUUCUUUAAAAUUAUCGAAUACUGGUAUGGUUGGUGGAGAAAUUAAAUUAUUUUUUCGUCAAUUUUUACUUAAACAAUUUGAAAAUCUUCGUUCAUUAACAUUAAUUCAACCAAAUGUUUGUAUGUUAUCAACAAUUAUUCCACAAAUACCAUCAUUAAAAUAUUUGUUAUAUUUAACAAUUAAUUUUAAAAGUGGAUGUUUAACACAUGAUGAAAAAUAUAUAGGAGAAAUGAUUGAUGAAUUAGAAGAAUCAUGUAAUAGUAUUAAAUAUUUAAAAUUUAAAACACCAAAAUUUAAUAAUUUUAUUAAAUUUAUUCGUCGUUUACCAAAAUUAAUAUCAUUAACAAUUGAAACAGAUGAUAUGCAAGAUAUUAUUGAACAAAAAUGGAAAUAUUUUACAUCACAAUCAUCUUUAACAUAUUUAAAUCUUCAAUUUGAAACAAUUGGUUUUGAAUAUGUUGAAAUGUUAUUAAAAGAUUAUCCACCUUAUUUAAAACAUUUAUCAUUUUCAUCAAAUGAAAUUGAAUAUACAAAUAGUUUUAGAUGGCAAAAUAUUCUUGAACCAAUUCAAUAUUUAACUAAAUUUGAUUUAAAUAUAAAAGCUAGUCAUGAUGAUGAUAAUUUAAUGAGUAUAAAUAAUAUUAUUGAAGGAUUUAAACAAGAAUUUUGGAUUAAACGAAAAUGGUUUAUUGUUUGUGAUUAUUUAUUUGAUGAAAUAACUGUUUAUACAAUACCUGUAUAUAGUAAUAAAUUACGUACAUUUUUAUAUGGUUUUCAAACAUCAACUACUGUAUCAUCAAAUGUAUAUGAUAAUGUUAAUUAUUUAUGUGUUAGUCUUACAAAUUCAUCGAUAUUUGUUAAUACUCGACAAUAUUCAAAUGUAAACUCAUUAGAAAUACAAAUUGAUGAAACAUUUAAUAGUCAUUUAUUAAAUAUUAUUGAUGAUUUUAAUAAAAUGAUAAAUUUAACAUAUUUAAAACAAUUAACAAUUAGUGGUUAUUUAGAUACAGAAUUGGUUCGAAAUUUAUUACUUUGUUCAAUAAAUAUAAAAUGUUUAACAUUACUUACUUAUGGUGAUUCACAAAUGAUAAAUCUUUUAGAAAAUAAUCGUUUAUGUUCACUAAUAAAUAUAACAAUUGAUCAAUUAUUAUUAAGUACAAAUUAUUAUAUUUUACAUGAUCGUAUUGAACAAUUUUUAACAUCAUUUUCAAAUAUAAGAAUAUUACAAAUUGGUUUUGAAUCAGUUGCACAAUUCAAACGUGUAUAUUCAAGAUUAUUAACAGAAUUAAAAAAAUUAAUAAAAUUAAAUAUUCAUAUUGAAACGGAUGCAUUUGAUGAAGAUUUUAUUGUAGAUUGGUUAAAUGAAAAUUCAAUGGAAAAAAAAAUUUUUCAUACUGAAUAUGAUGCUGAUCUUCUAUGUAUCUGGUUUUUUGGUGAUUAA